AAGUGCUUAGUCGCGAUUAUUUCAUCGAUAUGGUGGUUUCCGAUAGAGGAGAAUGUGGAGGAGAGCAAGCGCCACCUCCUCCACCACUCCCAACGUUCUUGUCAGUGAAAUCGAGCUCGAGAAAAUCUAGAAACACGCAAGGAACUGGACAUGAUCAACUGCUAGCGGAUAUCCGCCACGGAAUCGCAUUGAAACCGACUAAAACUAGAGAUAAAAGUACACCGGCUUACAUUAAAAAACACAACGGCAUGAAAUCGACACCAUCCACACCGUCGUUGCAGUCCACAAGCGAGUGUUCUGAAGCCGCUGGUGAAAUGAAGGACGCUCUUCAGAACGAACUACGAAACACACUAAGUCGCAAGGUCAAAGUACAAGACGUUGAGCGAGGCGAUUGCACAAAACAGCUGGAGAUCGAGAAAACGAUGCAAAAUAAUCGAACGGAGGUUAAAUUGAAGCUCAACACUAACCCACCGAAGUUGUCACCUACUCCUGCACGGAAAAAUAUAGUUGAUGAUAAACCAGCUCUAUCCAGCCCUGUCCUGUUGAAAACACUUUCUAGGUACGGACCGAGCAUUGAUGAGAAAGCUGAUAUGAGUACGAAAAAGUUGGACCUUGUAAACACCACCGAUUUACAAAGACCGCCAGCUAAGCCGCAACGAGCAAUGCAUUUCAAUAAUACGAAAAAGGAUGAUCUGCUGAAAAAGGAACUUAAAGAACCACUAAAAGUAGAAAUUAGCACGUUUGAGAAUUCGAGAGCUGCUCUGUAUGGCACCUUGAGGAAGGUUAAGCCCCUUGGUCCGCUGAAAAUCGAUGUCAACGUGAACCGGAGCGGUAGCGUUAGGAAUGAAAUACUAUCACCAGAGGUGAAAAGUGGAUAUGCAGCCAUAAGACCUUCUCGAAUAAAGACCCUUACACGACAAGGAAGCUAUGUUUCACAUAUAGAUAUUGUUGAUGGACCAAAAACAGUCACAAAAAGCCCAGUUCUGUUAGUAGAACCAUCGCAAUCAGCUCAACUGUCACCACAGUCCAGUAACUCGAUUCCUUCGAAAAGCAAUCAAAGUUCCCCAAUACCGCCAACAACCAGAACUGUCAUUCUAGACAGUAAGUUCGGCAAAACUGCUCCCAUCAAAUCUCCGAAUAUUGAAAGCAAUACACACUCGAAAAAGCUUUUGAUUUCCCAUCCAAAGGCAAGCUUUACGCUCGGUCGUUACACCUCUCGGCAAGCUAAAUCCAGUGAUAGCCCCUACUCAUCACCAGUUACCAAACCCGUUUUCCGCAUCCUCACGGAUCUUGAACAAGCAGAGCAGAGGGAAGCAGAACGAGAGCAGCUCGGUGCAGCACAAAAUGGACAGCCGUGUGACGGGUCAGCUGAUAAAUCGUAUGUCAGUUUCGCGAAAGAACUGGCCAAUGCUCCGAACAAUUAUCCCGAUACGGCAGUGAAGACGAGCACGGUUGGUGUUACGAAGAAAGGUCUCUUCUUCGAGAAUAUUAACAUGAGAGACAUCAAGAUUGAUAUCGUAGAGAACGGACAGCUGAAGGUUGUAAAUAAGUGAAUUAUGCUGGGUUGGUUGAUUAGAGAAGGGACGAUUGUGAAUUCUGCGACCAACAGUGAACUAUAUAGUUAAUUGUUAAGUUUAUCAUUAUUAUAAUAAAAGCUCUAUUUAUACCAGCUAUGCUGAA